AUGUCAGAAUAUUGGGUAUCGCAUAAACGUUACCACUGCAAGUAUUGUAACAUCUAUAUAGCAGACGAUGUUCCAUCCAGGCAACACCACGAGAAUGGAAUGCGUCAUAAAGGCAAUGUCGAACGUUUUGUACGCGGGCUGUACAAGGCUGGCGAGAAAGCUGUGAAGGAUAGGGACGAGGAGAAGCGUGAGAUAGAGAGGGUUAACAAAGCCGCGGCUGCCGCAUAUGCUCAAGAUGUAGGUGCUGGACUUGGGGACGUCGGAUCGUCUUCACGUGGUGCUCCUGCUGCAGCAUCUGCGCCAAAGAAGCCUCCAACAAAACCAAGCAAUCCAUAUACCAACUACUCAACGGCUGCAUCGCUGGGAUAUGCUGAUCCUGAUGCGGAGCGAGCUAAGGCAGAGGCAGAUACGAGGCAAACAAUGGGUGUCGCAGGAGAGUGGCAGUACGUUCAGAAUUAUACAUCGGGAUCUCGUGCACCGGUACGGAAUGAGGUUCCAAGCGUGUCCGAAGAUGCAAAUGGAGAGACGACAGGGUCUUCUGAGGGUAACAGGAAACGUGAAGCACCGGUGGACGAUAUCGAGGACGAGCGUGUUUUCAAGCUGAGGAGGAAGACAGUUGGCAUUGGAUUGGGAGACUUGUAUGACCCGGGCAUUAUUCCUAUCAAGCUUAAGGUGAAGAAAGAGGAGUCGACGGAACUGCAACUUGCUUCAUCAAAGACGGCUAUCGAAAAUAUCAAGGUGGACGACAUGCUACCUACUGAUUCAAAGGUGAAGAUAGGAUGGAAACGUGCAGCAUUUCAACCGGCCGCCUAA